ACACGUCAUCGUGUGAUGCUCAAACACAUCUUCUGGUCCUCCAGCAUAUUCUACCUUCUUGUCGCUCCAGCAGCCCUCGUUGUCUGCCUGAACUCUCACCCUGGUGGUCGGGAAAUGUCAAAGAGAGGCCCGUGCCGCAGCAAGGGGGCGUUACGGGGGGGGAAAACAAUUGCCUUUAUUGUUAUAUUUUCACGCAGUUCUAUUUUCUUAGUCUAACCACUAGAAUAAGCAUCAAAACGACCACCACGCCGACCGCCAAGUCCGAUGGUGUAGCAUCCGCCGUGGACUGCUGUUCGCAUCCUUCAUCUGUCUCGUCUCGAAUUGCAAUCAUUGCCAAACAUGAGAAAUGAAAUAUUUGUGCACUGGGCCUGGAUGCUCUUACAAGCACACCCCACUUCCGCCAUGACACCCAGCAGAGGAUUCUGGGAUUGACGCAAGCAUCACUCCCACUAAUGGCCUGGACCAGGUUUCAGCUGGCCUGCUGAAGCUAUGGGGAGCUGCUGGAGCUGUCUAUACAGAGACGCUAUCCAAGACAACCAUCUCAACAAAUUCAAGGUGACUAAUGUGGAUGAUGAGGGAAAUGAGUUGGGCUCAGGAACCAUGGAGCUCACCCAGACAGAGCUCAUUCUGCACACGCGCAAACGUGACGCCAUCCGGUGGCCAUACCUUUGCCUGCGGCGAUAUGGUUACGAUUCCAACCUCUUCUCUUUCGAGAGUGGCCGUCGUUGUCAGACAGGACAAGGGAUAUUUGCAUUCAAGUGCUCUCGUGCAGAAGAGAUCUUCAACCUGCUGCAGGAGUUAAUGCAGUGUAACAGCAUCAAUGUGGUGGAAGAGCCUAUGAUCAUGACCCGGCCCGGGCAUGCGCCAGAGAUGGACAUGCCUCGAACUCCACAGACACCCAAUACCCCAGCCUUCCCGAUGCAGGGUUUUCCUAAUGGAUACCCAGGAUACCCAAUCAGUGCAGACUCAUCACAGCCCUCUCUCACCAACGACCUCAGACACAGCCUCAUGGGACUGGAUGACCAAACUCAUACAUAUGUGAAUACAGUGGGAAUGGAAACUGACCUCUCAAGCCGCCACUGUGUCCACUCCCUGCCCGAAGUUCGGCCCACCACCUACCCGGAAACCUCAACUACCACCACCAUACGUGGGGGCCCAGUCCCGGGCCAGCCCAGCUUGCACUGCUGCCCUCUGGACGACCCUCACAAAGACCCUCAGGUCUUCCUCCAGCCUGGAGCUCAGGAGGUGAAGUUCAUGUUGGGUCCGACCCCAGCACAGCGCCACAUGAUGGAAAGAGACAGAGACCGUCACGUCACUCACCCGCUUCGAGCACCAGAUGGCAGCUCUGAAACAGAAGGAGAGGAGACUCCGUCCGUACACAUGUGCAACACACACUCCUAUCACCAUUGCCAUCAUCUAAUGCACCGACACCCGAGCAUGGAGCCUUGCUCAGAAAGCCAGCUGACAUAUGAGAAUAUCAACGGACUCCGAGGGGCACGUAGGCAAAGGCUAAGUCCGAGCACUGUGUCCCAAUCUCAGUCUUUGGGCUCCAGUAGCAGUAGCAGCACCACCGGUGAUUCCCGCACACACACACAUCCGCACUCCCUCCCGCUGACGCACACACACGCUUCCUCACUGCCUCCGCAGGGAUAUGGCUGUGACCGGGGAAUGGGGGUUGGUGGUCAUCGGCGCACCGCGUUGCUCAACUAUGAAAACCUUCCUUCGCUCCCCCCGGUUUGGGAAUACCGUGCGCUUCAGCGUGAUGAAGAAGAGGAUCAGGAUGAAGACGAGGAUGAGGAUGAGUAUGAGGAGGAAGAGGAAGAAGAAUAUGAUGAGUACGAGUAUUCUGAAGGGCCCACAACCCCAAACGGAUAUCAUCAGGAGAGUGGCGGUGGGAUUCAUCGCGAUGCUCUGCAGAACUAUGUCAACACUGAACAGAUACAGCCUCCAACACGUCUUCGUCACGCUUGCCAUCCCCACCCUCACCCUUCUGAGAGGGCCAACCGGGUUUUCAACUUCGACUUCAGACGUCAGCGAGCAGGACGUGGCAGCGCCACCUGCGAGCAGCAUAGCCGUCACCCGCCGCCUCCCCCCUCUCGCCAGCUCAACUACAUCCAGGUGGACCUGGAGGGUGAGCCCUCUGGUUGCUCGGGACACGGAGGAGGGGCUCCGGUACCACAGAGACCUCCUCCCCUCAAACGUGGCAUGGCAGCCGCCGCCGCAGCGGCUCCAUCUUCCCGUCGUGGAGAAUGCUACGCCGUGAUUGACCUAAAGAAGACCGCAGCCAUGUCCAACCUACAGAAGGCUCUCCCUCGGGAUGACGGCACCUCACGGAAGACACGCCACAACAGCACCGACUUGCCUCUGUGAGAGGAGAAAAAAGGGAUAGAGAGAGUUACAGGUAUGCCAGGAAUAAAAAUGAGGGAAAAUGUUCAGGAAAGAGAGUUUUGGUGGUAUUUUCCUCCCACCAUUAUCGUGAAGUGAUAUUUUCUCAUUUUCUACACUCAUACCAACUGCUGCUUGAUGAAAUAGUAACUGUUGAGCCAAGCACUGAGCAUUUUUUAUUUAUUUUUUCCUCACAUUUUGUGUGGGAAGGUUGGGAGAUGAUAGUGAACUACUUAUCAUGUG